AAGCGCACGCGCAGAUAAAUCGAAGGUCCUGUAGGAGUUUCUGACGAUCACAUGAGGCCAUUUACGUUUAUUUUUGGACCUAGAUUGCACUUUGUCUUUACAAAAGGCAGAACGCAGCACCAAGAAUAUGCCGCCUCUGCUACAGAACGAAUUUCUGAUAGCAUAAUUCAAUGGACGUCAAGGGCGUGGUCGGUCCUGUGGUAUUCCUCACCUCUAAUUUUGUUCUACCUCUGGAAAAAAGGUGCUUUCACUGUCGAUGCUCUGUCUGGAUGGCUUGCGUUCUCAAAAGUGUUAGGCGGCAUCUCAGUCAUUAUCACAGGAGCUUUUUGUAUACGAGGUGUUGGUCGACGUUUAAAUCCCUAUUAUUGCUUAUUUGUUGACACUCUUGCAUCAGCAAGGAAGGGCAGCGUUCAAGCUCGCUUGGAUUUGGCAAACUAUGAUUUUGAUUUUGAUGCGUGGCCUAUUGAUUUUAGCUGGAAAGAGUCAACAACAGGUGGGGAUCCAACAAAAUCGAGCGAUAGAAAACUGUGGACAAACUCUGGACCUCGAAUGAGUUCGAUAGCAAGUCUGCCUCGACGACUUCUAAUGUAUGUUGUAGCUCAUGUUGUUGGUCGUCGUGCUAUGUAUCCAGGAUCAACAGCUAUAUUGCAGAAACUAAUUGCUCCUCAUUUGGUUGAAGGAAGGUGUAAAUUGUUUAGUGAGUAUGGUGGACUACGAGCCAAACUUUGUGCAGAAGAUGGCAAUGAGAUUGACAGCAUGUUCGUUGAUCAGAGAGGAAAGGCAGAGAAUGGAAACAAGCUUGUUAUAUGCUCAGAAGGCAAUGCUGCUUUUUAUGAAGUUGGCUGUAUGAAUACUCCACUGGGAGCUGGAUACUCAGUUCUUGGUUGGAAUCAUCCAGGAUUUGCGUGCAGCACGGGUUUACCGUUUCCUCAGGCUGAGAAACAUGCUAUUGAUGUGGUAGUUCGUUAUGCUGUGGAUCGACUUGGAUUUAAGUUGGAGGAUAUUGUUCUGUUUUCGUGGUCGAUUGGAGGAUUUGCGUCGACAUAUGCAGCGAUGAUAUAUCCAGAUAUCAGUGCUGUGAUUUUGGAUGCAACGUUUGAUGACAUCACACCCUUAGCUGUGUCUAGAAUGCCAGCAAGCAUUAGUAAUCUAGCCGAGUCAACCGUUCUCAACUAUCUUCAUCUCAACAAUGCGGAUCAACUCUGCGAAUAUCCUGGCCCAGUGCUGGUUAUUAGAAGAAUUCAUGAUGAGAUGAUCAGCAUUGUACCUCAAGAUAUUAAGACCAAUCUAGGAAAUCGUUUACUAACAAGACUGUUGUCUCAUCGAUAUCCAAACGUAUUCGAUAACGACACAAAAGACGUCGUGGAGGAAUAUCUAAAUGCAAAUGAAGAGCAAACACAAAUUGAAAUCUCGCAGAGAGUUGGUGGAGACAUGGAGUGGUGUGUGGACGCUUUACAAGAGCAUGUAGCAGACAGUGGAGCCGGGUUUCCUUGUGACAUUGGUCAGAGUUACGAUCGAGGAAAGAAGGAACUAUUGGCUUUGUAUUUGAUUCGCCAUCAUCUUAUUGACUUUGCUGCUUCUCACUGUGAUCCAUUCCCACACACGAGCUUUCGCCUGCCUUGGUCUCUAGGUGCAGCAAAUGGAUGAUGAUGCUGUGGACUAUAGGAUUGUCUGUAGUUGGCAUGAACUUGCUGAUUACUUUCCGCUUACGUUUGUCACUAGUGUUACUGAUAUAGAAACGAAUUGCUGUUUAUAUCCUUCAGGUCACACUCGACCUAUUUUUA